AUGAACUCCACGGAGGCGGAGAAGAACCUGUGGAAGCCGCACGUCGGUGUUAGUGAGGCCGCGGAGAAAUGUUUCCCGAAGAGCAACAGCACCACGACGUGCGGUAUAGAAAACGUGCGGGCGUACAGUAGUAAAGGUAUUGACUUCUUCUGCCGCGUGCAGAACCUCGAGCAAAAGAGUCUCCUCGAAUGCAACGCCGACUACAAGCCGGACGCGCGCAACAAGCUGCUGGGCUCGCCCACCAGCCAGCGGAGUCAAGACUCUGGCUUCUCCGACUCGGGCGAGUCCAACUAUGACUCCCAGAGCGACGACCACAAGCGUGAGCGGCGCGUUCGCUUCGAGAAGCGGUCGUUCGCGCGGACUCUCUCCAAGAUUAUGCGCGGCGCCAGCGCGUCGGGUCGCGCGGCGAAGUGCGCGAGCGCGACCCCCCUGGCGACGCCCGCCGGCCCGCCGGCGAGCCAGGAGUCCUCGACGCUCCCCCGACCGCGGCCGCGGGCCGGCCACACGCCCAAAUCGUCGCGCUUCUCGCACUCCAGCCUGCAGGUGGUGGAGGAGUACAAGCGGCUGGGCGCCGUCUCCGCCAGUUGCCAGGACCUGGCGCUGGCUGGCCGCGCCGGCCCGCUCACCUCCAGCCCCGUGCGCGCCGACCACGUGCUCGAGUGCUCGGCCAUCGAGCGCGAGCUGGACUCGAUCCUCGAGCGCGCCGAGCUACCCGACACGCAGCACGUGACCGUCCGGCCACGGCCCUCGCUCAACGACACCACCAUCGACUUUUCGCCGCGCCUGCAGGCGGCAGCCGACCUGCAGGCGCGCCGCUUCUGCAGUCUGCCCCGCGAGCAGGCGGCCCGGCCCGACCCCACCAUCCGGAUCGACGACGUCAGGUCCCCGUCAGUGCGCCACUGGCUGCAGGAGCAGUGCUGGGAGGUGGACGUCGAAUGCAUGAACACGCUGCAGAGCAAGUCGGUCAUCUCGGACAUGUCGCACCUGCUCGCGCUGGCCGCGAGGAACGCGCGAACCAACAUCCGGGACAUUCAGGUCCGCGCCAAAACCGUCAGCCGGGACUUCGCCUCGCUCUUCUCUCGAAUGGAGGAGCUGGACAUCAAGGAGGUCCCUCGGAUAGCGCAGACGGUCACCGAGGCGAUCCAAAGCUUCGUGCGAGAGUACGUGAUCUCGCAUCCGGACGGUCAGGCCUCGCACGUGCAGAACCUCGACAAACUGCGCUCCCUGAUGGAGAAGAUGCUGGAGUACGUCAAGUCCUGCGGCCAGAUGAACCGCACGUUCAAGGUCGACGAUCUGGUGGAAGUGCUGGCCUCGCUAGCGCAGGCCUUCAACCACCUGGUCGAUCUCAUUCUCGGCGAAGAAGUUAAGGUGAUGCUGAGCUCGCUGUCGCCGGAGCGCGACGUGCUCUGCCUGAAGCUGGGCCUGCGCUCGCUGACCUCUGUCGGCCUGGACGGCGGCCGGCUGUGUCGCGUGCUGUGUGCGCACGGCGCCGUCUCGCGGCUGGUGGCGCUCGUCUCCGGCCGCCGCCGCCAGCUGCGGCCGCAGGCGCUGCGCGCGCUCGCCACCGUCUGCUGCGUCUCGCAGGGCAUCAAGGCCUUCGAGAAGGCGGACGGUCUCCGGCUGGUGACCGGGAUUUUGGCGGACCCCCGCUCCACCGAGGAGGAGCGCUCCGAGUGCGCCGGCGUCAUCGCGCAGGUCACCUCGCCCUGGGUGGACAGCAUCCACCACGUGCGCGGCAUCAGCGACCACGUGGAGGACAUCAUACGCGAGCUGACUGGUCUGGCGGCGACCACCGACUCUGUGGAGACGCUGCUGCUGGCCUCGGCGGCGCUGGCCAACCUGACGUUCCUCAACAUCGGCGCCGUCCGCCUCCUGCUGCACAACGGCGCCGCCAAGGUGCUGGUGCACGCCACGCGCAACGCCGACAACUGCUCCCUCUUCCUCAAGGAUCAGGUGGCCACGAUCCUGGCCAACAUGGCGUCCAUCACGGAGUGCCAUGACGAGGUGCUGCGGAGUGGCGGGCUGCCGGCGCUGCUCUCCUUCCUCGGCGAGCACCCGCCAGCCGGCGACGCGGCCGAGCCGAGCGUGCAGGCGGCCGAGCGCGUGCAGCAGAAGGCGGCCAUCGCGCUGUCGCGGCUGUGCGUGCGCCGCUCGGUGGCGCUGCAGGUGGUCGAGGGAGGCGGCCUGCAGCGCCUGGUGCAGCUUUGCCGCGACGGCGCCCAGCGCAACCACUCGGACGGCGUGCUCGUCGCCUGUCUGGCGACGCUGCGCAAGAUGGCGUCCGCGUGCGGUCUAGAGGUGUUCGAAAAUGGCGACGGUCUGGACCUGGUGGAGCCGCGACUUCUCGAGUCGUUCCUGCUCUGCUCUUCCAAGCAAGAGAGCUACGUAUAGCUUCAGACCCGCCGUCCGAUUGCAAGCCCACGAGAGCUCCUAGAGUCAUCAGCAGCCAAAUGUUUCCAGCGGCAUCUCUCGGAUGUCUCGCGCCGCUGUGACCAGCGUCAUCGCUCGACUUGCACCGUCUCCGUGCUGCCACCCAGGGCUGGAUUGUGCUCGUCUGCCGUCGGCACGCGUACUCGUCUACGCCGUCGGCGUGCGUGCUCGUGUACCGUCGGUGUGCGUACUCGUCUACCGUCGGUGCGCGCACUCGUCUGCCGUCGGCGCGCGUACUCGUCUACCGCCGGCGUGCGUGCUCGUCUACCGUCGGCGUGCGUCCUCGUCUACCGUCGGCGUGCGCACUCGUCUGCCGUCGGUUACGCCGACAGCGCCGGAAGGGUCCAGGCGCGGCUGAAUCGUGUGCAACGAGACGCCUUUGUGAUCGGGCGGCGAGAACUGGUGACGCCACGCUGAUGCUAUGAAUGGCCAUCGGAGCGUUGCUUUGUUGCACGUAUUUGCCAGACUGCAUGGCAGAAAAUGACGGGGAGGAUUACAACUACCUAGCCCAUCUAGUCUUCCAUUUCUGCUCAGCGCAUCUUAGAACCGUUCAAACGUCACGCCAUAGU